AUGGGACUGGAACAAACUCCUGUUUGGCUGACCACUGUGGCCUGUGGGCUCCUGCUUCUCUUCCUGGUUCAGGGCCAGGACUCAGCCAGUCCCAUCAGGACCACACACACAGGCCAGAUACAAGGCAGCCUCAUCCACAUGAAGGGCCUUGAUGUGGGUGUCCACAGCUUCCUGGGAAUUCCCUUUGCCAAGCCACCUGUGGGACCACUGCGCUUUGCUCCCCCUGAGCCACCUGAGCCAUGGAGUGGUGUGAGAGAUGGGACCUCCCAUCCAGCCAUGUGUCUGCAGGAUAUCAGUGCACUGAAUAUGCAGGCUCUUAAGCUGUUGAAGCUGACCCUGCCUCCCAUCCCCAUGUCUGAGGACUGCCUCUUCCUUAACAUCUAUACACCAGACCAUGCCCACGAGGGUUCCAAGCUGCCUGUGAUGGUGUGGAUCCAUGGUGGUGCUCUGGUUAUAGGCAUGGCUUCCUUGUAUGAUGGGUCCAUGCUGGCAGCCACUGAGGAUGUGGUGGUGGUCACUAUCCAGUACCGCCUGGGUGUUCUGGGCUUCUUCAGCACUGGAGACCAGCAUGCCAGAGGCAACUGGGGCUACCUGGACCAAGUGGCCGCCCUGAGCUGGGUCCAGCAGAACAUCGCCUACUUCGGAGGCAACCCUGACUGUGUCACUAUUUUUGGCGAGUCUGCAGGUGGCACAAGUGUGUCUUCACAUGUUGUGUCCCCCAUGUCCCGAGGACUCUUCCACAGAGCCAUCAUGGAGAGUGGGGUGGCCCUCAUAUCAAGCCUCAUCUCAGAAUCCUCUGAAGCAGUCUAUAGGGUGGUUGUCAACCUGUCUGGAUGUGAGCAGGUGGACUCAGAGGCCCUGGUGAACUGUCUACGAGACAAGACUGAAGACGAGAUUAUGGCUAUUAACAAGGCCUUCAAGAUCAUCCCUGGCAUCGUUGAUGGUGUCUUCCUGCCCAGGCAUCCCAAGGAGUUGCUUGCCUCUGCUGACUUCCAAUCUAUCCCCAGCAUUAUUGGUGUCAAUAAUGAUGAGUAUGGCUGGAUCAUCCCCUCGGUAAGGCCCAGGCGCAAAGCCCUUGGUCUCUGGGAAGCCUGUUCUAUAAAGGAACUGGACAGACAGACCGUGCAAGCUAUCCUGAGGAGAAGGGCAGCACAGAUGAUGUGGCCUCCUGAAUUUAGUGACCUGCUUAUGGAGGAGUACAUGGGAGACAAUGAGGACACUCAGCUUCUCCAAGUGCAGUUCACAGAGAUGAUGGAAGACCUCACCUUUGUGGUGCCUGCGCUGCAAGUAGCGCAUUUUCAGCGUUCCCGUGCCCCUGUAUACUUCUAUGAGUUCCAGCAUCGACCCAAUUUUUUCAAGGACUCUAAACCACCCCAUGUGAAGGCAGACCAUGGUGACGAGAUUCUCUUUAUCUUCAGAUCAUUUUGGGGAGGCACCCAAAUUGACCUCACUGAGGAGGAGGAGCAGCUGAGCAGGAGGAUGAUGAAGUACUGGGCCAACUUUGCACGACAUGGGAACCCCAACAGCGAGGGUCUACCCUACUGGCCCAUGUUUGACCAUGAUGAGCAGUACCUGCAGCUGGACAUCCAGCCUGCUGUGGGCCGAGCGCUGAAGGCCAGAAGGCUGCAGUUCUGGACCCAGACUCUGCCUCAAAAGAUGCAGGAGCUAAAAGAGGCUGAGGGCAGGCAUAUGGAGUUAUAG